ACACACACCCAUGAUUGGUAAAUAAAUCUUUGAUCUAUUAUCAGUCCAUAUUAAUUGUGAAAAUUAUGUCCUAUUCGCGCAAGGAGAUCGAUGAAUUGCACGCUGAUAUUGUCUCCCUGGUGGCCGCCAAGGCAAACUUAUCAAGCAGCGAUGAACAACGCAACGUGGUAGCUUCCAUUGAACACUGCCUCUACAAUGGCUAUGAACGUCGUCGCAUUUGUGAAAAAUUGGAAAAAUAUAUGGAACCGAAAUAUUCCGCAAGGUUGGUUGACAAACUGCAAGAUCGUCUGGACGAGUAUAAGCGAAAGCAAAGAAAACGCGCCAUCGAGACAAAUGAUACGACAUCGAAAUCCACGGAAGGUACGGUGGAAGUUGCAAAGAAGUCACGUUUCGAUGUGGUGACGCCAAGCGCCAAUGGCGCAAAGGCCGUUAUGCCUCAAAUUCCAACUGUCGCAGCACCGGCAACGACUUUACCCACAAUACCACCGGCAUCUCUGGUGCCGGGACUUGGAUCAACAUCGUCGCUAAACAGUAAUCAAAUAAAACUAAUGAUGGUUAAUGCCCAGCGUGAAAUCGAGGAGCGUAAAAGGGCUUUGAGUCAACUGAAAGGUAAAGAUCCCCUGCUGGCAUCUCUGCAACAUCCACCACCCACCACACCGUUAAUCAAUCAAAACUUGGCCAAGGUCAGUAGCGAAGCUGAUGAAAAGGCAAAGAAAAUUGCCGAAUUGCAGGCACAAAUUCGUGCCAAACUUUCGGGUUCUCUGGGGGCGUUAAUACCGCCCAUUACACCAGCCGCCACAGAACGUCCCAAACCUUUGAUUUUGGAUGAAGAUGGUAGGACGGUGGAUAAAAGUGGUCGGGCCAUUAAUAUUCCAACGGUAACGCCGACACUCAAGGCCAAUAUCCGGGCCAAGAAACGGGAGGUCUUUAACAAAUCCCAACAUCAUGCCGAUAAAACCGCUGCGCAAGAUGACACCUUGAAAUUCUUCGACGACCGAAUAACCCUUAAACCGGGUAGUCGCAAUAAGAGAGCAUUGCGUUUCCACGAGCCGGGAAAAUUCCAACAAAUGGCCGAACGUAUGCGUAUGAAGGCCCAACUGGAACGUCUGCAAAAUGAAAUAUCACAAAUUGCGCGGAAAACGGGGAUAAGUUCGGCCACAAAGCUGGCCUUGAUAGCACCGAAGCAGGAUACACCCGAUGAUGUGCCCUCGAUGGAAUGGUGGGAUUCGGUUAUACUCACCAAUGACCUUAACACUCUGGACGAAGAAGGGAAAAUUAAAAUACGCCAAUCGGCCAUAACAAAUCUUAUUGAACAUCCCACACAAAUGAAACCGCCUAAUGAACCAUUAAAACCGGUUUAUUUGCCGGUCUUCCUUACCAAAAAGGAACGCAAGAAGUUGCGUCGCCAAAACAGACGCGAAGCCUGGAAGGAGGAACAAGAAAAAAUACGUUUGGGUCUGGUACAGGCCCCAGAACCCAAGUUACGCAUAUCCAAUCUGAUGCGUGUUUUGGGCACGGAGGCGGUACAAGAUCCCACCAAAAUCGAAGCCCAUGUCCGAGAACAAAUGGCCAAGCGACAGAAGGCCCAUGAGGACGCCAACAAUGCUCGAAAAUUGACUGCGGAACAGAAAAGCGAAAAGAAAAUACGCAAAAUCAAAGAGGACACAUCGUGCGGGGUGCACAUCAGUGUCUAUCGCAUCAAAGACCUGCAGGAUAAUGCCAGUAAAAAAUUUAAGGUCGAAACAAAUGCCAAACAAUUGCACAUGACCGGUACGGUGGUGUUGUUCCGUGACUGUUGUGUUGUUGUCGUGGAGGGCGGUCCCAAACAACAAAAGAAAUAUCGACGACUGAUGUUGCACCGCAUCAAAUGGGAUGAAGAUUUGGUUAAGGGUCCCGACGGGCAAGAAGUUCCUAAUUCCUGCGUUUUGGUAUGGGAGGGCACCAGUCAACGUCGCCAUUUCGGGGAGAUUAAAUUCAAGGUAUUCCCAAUGGAAAAAAUGGCACGUGAAUUUUUCCAAAAGCAUCAGGUCGAGCAUUAUUGGGAUUUGGCCUAUUCCGGAGCUGUACUUGAGGCUUCUGUUGAUGACUAA